AUGGCCCGGACAGAGUAUGGCCACCAGGUGUCCAGCAUCUUCUGCAAGAUCUUCAACCUCUCACUGCGUCAAACAAUUAUCCCCACUUGUUUGAAAUCAACGCCAAUCAUUCCCAUCCCCCAAAAGAAAUCCUUCACUAGCCUAAAUGACUAUCUCCCUGUUGCCCUCACACCUGUCUUUAUGAAGUGGUUCGAGAGGCUAGUUCUCAAAUACAACAAAGACUGCCUGCCCCCUAACGACGACUCCCACCACUUCGCAUACCGGGUGAACAGAUCAAUAGAGGAUGGGAUCGGCAUAGAUCUGCACGCUGUAUUAAGUCACCUGGAACAACCGCAGAGCUACACUAGGAUGCUCUUUGUCAAAAUCAACACACCACACUGUGAUGCAGUAUGUCAGGAUGCUCUCCACGGUAGUUCUGUAGAAAGUCUGCUGCAGCUUAGCUUCCAAGUUGUUCUUCCUGAGCCCUCUCGGGAAGUGGCGUCGCUGCUGGCCUUUUUCACCACCGUGGUGUGUCUGGAAAUGAGCACAAAAAGGAAGCUGAUUGGCCGGCUGGUCCCAUGCCGUUGCUUUCGUGGGGAAGAGGAAGUGAUCUCAGUGUUGGACUACUCCCACUGCAGCCUGCAGCAGGUCCCUAAAGAAAUCUUCAGCUUUGAGAGAACUCUGGAGGAGCUUUACCUGGAUGCCAACCAAAUUGAGGAACUACCCAAGCAACUCUUCAGCUGCCAGGCCUUGAAGAAGCUGAGCAUGCCUGAUAACGACCUCUCCAACCUUCCAACCACAAUUGCCAGCCUGGUUAACCUCAAAGAGCUUGACAUAAGUAAAAAUGGUAUCCAGGAGUUUCCAGAUAAUAUCAAAUGCUGUAAAGGCCUGUCAGUGGUAGAGGCCAGCGUAAACCCCAUCACCAAGCUCCCAGAUGGAUUUACGCAGCUCCUGAACCUGACUCAGCUCUUUUUAAAUGAUGCCUUCCUGGAGUACCUGCCAGCAAACUUCGGCAGACUCUCCAAACUUCGAAUCCUGGAGCUGAGAGAGAACCACCUGAAAACAAUGCCAAAGUCCAUUCAUCGACUGACACAGUUGGAGAGGUUGGAUCUGGGUAGCAAUGAAUUCUCUGAAAUGCCGGAGGUGUUGGAGCAGAUCCACAACCUAAAGGAGCUGUGGAUGGAUAACAACUCAUUACAGUCUAUACCAGGGUCGCUAGGAAAACUUCGCCAGCUCCGCUACUUAGACUUAGCGAAGAAUCGUAUUGAGAAUUUAGACACGGAUGUUUCAGGUUGUGAGGCCUUAGAGGAUCUUUUGCUUUCCUCCAACAUGCUUCAGCACCUUCCUGACUCUAUAGGAAUGUUAAAGAAGCUGACCACACUGAAAGUGGAUGACAACCAGUUGACCUCACUACCAGGAACCAUUGGAAGUGCAAAGCCCAAAUAAGAUCUCUGUCUGCUGGAGGAACUAGACUGCAGUUGUAAUGAGUUGGAGUCAUUGCCUCCAACCAUAGGCUACCUGCACAGUCUUAGGACCUUUGCUGCUGAUGAGAACUUCCUCAUAGAACUCCCGCGAGAGAUCGGUAACUGUAAGAAUGUGACGGUGAUGUCACUGCGCUCCAACAAACUUGAGUUCCUCCCCGAUGAGAUAGGACAGAUGACCAAACUACGAGUCCUAAACCUUAGUGAUAAUAGGUUAAAGAAUUUACCGUUCACCUUUACUAAGCUGAAGGACCUGGCGGCACUCUGGCUUUCUGACAAUCAGUCCAAGGCUCUGAUCCCAUUACAGACAGAAGCCCACCCUGACACCAAACAGAAGGUUUUGACCAACUACAUGUUUCCUCAACAACCUCGCCAUGAUGAGGAUUACCAGUCGGACAGUGACAGUUUUAAUCCUACCCUGUGGGAGGAGCAGAGACAGCAAAGGAUGACUGUUGCCUUUGACUUUGAGGACAAGAAAGAAGAGGAAGACAACUCCGGGAAGGUCAAGGUGGAGAUAAACCUAAAACGUUAUCCAACACCCUACCCCGAGGACUUGAAGAACAUGGUCAAGUCAGUACAAAGCCUUGUGGGUAAAAAUGUUCACACGGGCCACGGGCACCAGCACCAUCUUAGCACAAGCACUGCCACCUCAGCGGGAACCAACAUGGAACUUACACACCAUAGCAAAGAACCCUAUGAACCACCGUGGCCCCUGCCUCCCAAAGAGGUAACAGACAGAGAGAUGCAGGACUUCUCUCAGACUCAGCUAAUGGAUCAGGGAUUGAUGCAUAACUCUGGUAUUGACAUCCCAAAGAGGAAGGACAAAGAAGACCUAACAGAAAGUUCGGAGGACUCAAUGGGCGGCUCACCCAAUGACAUCCGCAUCUCCGACAUGAGGCCCACCCUAGUGGAGCCACCAAUCUACAAACCAAAGGUGGUGCUGCUUGGGAAGGAUAAGAAAGAGUCUACAGACGAGGAGGUGGACAAGCUCCAAUGUCUCAACCACAGUGGGUCCUCGGCCACCUACUCUGAUUACUCUCCCUCGGUUGGGUCCUCUGGCUCCUCCAACCCACCCGCAAACAUUCACUCGCACCCUCGUUCUCACGCACACCAACACAACCCUCCCCUGCCAGCACACAACAAGGACCAGCCUCCUCAAACACAUUGGACCAACAGACUAGCCCAGUCUUUUCCGAAACCUAUUGACUCCAAGCCCCUGCUGUCGCAAAGAGAAACUCCUCCCUCAGGGACUGUGCAGCAACGUGGCGAUAGACGGCCAUUGAGUGAGCCAUUCGAAUGGGCCGAGGCGCCUCACUAUGACAACACUGGUUUUGAUGCUGAGGAGUCUCCUCUAGAGCCUUCAGCAUCUAAUACGAACCAGGGUAACCCGCCACUGGGUUCCAAACCUCGGAGCCAAUCAACACAUGGCCGCCGUCCGCUCUUAAGGCAAGAGCGAAUUGUAGGCGUCCCGUUGGAGCUGGAUACGCAGACACUCCCCUUUCACACCAACCAACGCUCAACCCAUGACAAUGAAGCUCAGGCUUCUGGGCAAGCUUCCCAGAACCCUUGGCAGAAUUGGACGCGCACCCCAAGCCCCUUAGAAGACAGAACUGCUUUUCCCUCUAAAUUGGACCUUACACCAACCUCAAGCCCCAACCCAGACCGCAAAGUGGCAGACCAAAGGCGCGAGCAGUCAUCAGGGCCUCUUCCUGGUAGCUGGUCAUACCACAACAAUCAGGGGGAGCAAAACAGAAAGGACCAGCUCACUGUCACGGGGGGCAACAAGGUAACCGUGGUCAUGAGUAAAAGCUCUGACCGACUGUCUCCGAUGAUGAAAGAGACAAGGUCCAAGUUUAAGAAAUCCCAAAGCAUCGAUGAGAUCGACAUCGGUUCCUAUAAAGUCUACAGUAUUCCCAUGGACAGUUACAGUUCAUCCAUUGAGCAGCAGAGCAGUUUGGACCGCCAAGAACUGCCGGGUUCCAUGGAGCAGACCAACAUGGCUCGAUCCCAGUCUGCACCCAUGUUAGAUGAGGAACUUGGAUUCCCACCACAUGGCAACCAAACGCAGCAGGCGCACAACCAAAAACCUGCAGUCCCACAAAAAGCUUACCACUUUGACCAAAAUUAUAAUCCCCAGGUGACCAUGGACCGACGGGCCCCUCCCCCAUUCCCGAAUACUCCAGAUUAUGUCAACCACUCGUCAAAGGCAUUGGAGUACAUCAAUCAACCUGGAAAAACAUUACCUAAGGAAUUGGUGAGCCCUCGGUAUCGUGCUUACCCACCACUGGAGAUGUUUUCUUUCCCCCAAUCACCAAUCGAUCAGGAUGGUUCCACCAGCCAGCAGCACCAGCCAAUUCCAUCGCAGCGUUCUAGGCCAGGGUUUUUGAGGCGAGCAGACUCAUUGGUAAGCUCAACUGAACUCGCGUUGUUCCGGAGAGUCCACGAAGCUCAGCAGGAGGCCCUGCAGGAAGCUCAGUACAGACAGCAACAUCAAGGGGACCCUCCUCUCUAUAGUCGGGCUCUUGCUUAUUCCACCCCAAUGGACCAUUCUGCCAACAUUGUAGACAACCAGAGUCAGAUGAUGCACAACAAAAGAAAUGGACGCUACGAUGAUGAUUAUCCCAGCUAUCAGGAACAGAAGAAACCCAUGAUUGGUUAUCCAACAAAGAGCUUGACUCAACGUCGCCCCCUGUCUGCUCGAAGUUACAGCACAGAGACCUAUGGAGCAUCUCAGGUGUCUCACCUCAACCUCGAAAAAGCACGUCCAGUGUCAGCUCGUCCCACCAUGGCGGCCCUCCUGGAGAAGAUGCCUCCUGACUACAGUCUGGCAGCCUGCCCAGAGAAGUCUCCCGAUGACACCAUCAAGGUACGACCUGUGGUACCACAGAAGCCAGACGACAUCACCUCCAAGAUGCCGGCUGAUUGGAGGCAACAGCUGCUGAGGCACAUUGAGGCCAAACGCCUGGACAGGAGUGGUGUCCUAAAGCACAAUACGCUCACGCUGGGCAUGCUCUGUCAGGGCGGGGGUCACGGCCAGGGGCGCAGCAGCACUUUGAACUUUAACGUUUACAAUAACACUAAGCAUGAGCCCCCUGCUGGCCGCUGGUUGCCACUACCUCCUCCUCCAUCUGCUGUUGCCACUCUCCCCCAGCAGCCUGCCAUGCUGGAUAAUGACCAAGAGGCUCUGUCAGGAAGCAAUCAAUGGGUUCCCUACUCACUUGGCAGGAGAGACGUCCCACCUGACAACCUCAUGAAAAAAGGAAGCCACUCUCACAAUCCUCCUCACCAAUCACACAACGCCAUGAUUGUUACUUCUUCGUCCUCUUCCUCGGCCACAACCCCUCAUCGUAUGGUUGGCCAACAGGGUUACGACGGCGGAAUGAUAAAUAAGGGAGCCCAUUAUCAGCAAGGAACGCCUUUAUCAGGUGUUCAGUCCGGGGUGCAGUAUCAAGGAAACAUGCCUCCAGCCCAUAACACUUCUGGCCAGGUAUACUCAAGUGCUGGAAUGCCCAUGGCCCUGUCUUCAUCCGGGAACCAACCACAGUACAACUUGCAUACCUCCCACACAUCACAUCAGCCUUCACACACUCCAAACAACCCGCAGUACCACAGCAACCAGGGAAUGGUCCAUGGCAAUCAAGUUGUUGUCACAACUCACACCAACCCGCGACCUCAGAGCGCUCGCUGUCUUCUCCAAACUAAAGGCCAGAAGAGUACCGAUGGUUUCCAGGAACAGUUAUGUGUGAGAAUAGAGAAGAACCCUGGUCUUGGUUUUAGUAUCUCUGGUGGCAUCAGUGGUCAGGGGAACCCCUUCAAGCCCUCUGACAUGGGUAUCUUUGUUACUAGGGUACAGCAUGAUGGGCCCGCUGCAUCUUCCCUGCAGCCUGGAGACAAGAUACUGCAGGCUAAUGGACAUAAUUUUUUACACAUCGAACAUGAGACAGCCGUCUCUCUGCUGAAGAGUUUCCAAAGGAUGGUGGACUUGGUGGUUCUGAGAGAAAGCAGCACUUAGAAAUCAAAUAAGCAAACACAGCAUCGGUGCUCGACACCAUCCCCGACCGUACCGCCUCCCUUCUUCUGGAGGCUGGUGGAACUGGGAAAAAAAAAAAAGAGCCACCUUUCCCCCAAAAAAUCUUUAUCGGGGAAUGCAUACUUUUUUUUCCUUUUUUUUUUUGCCUAUUGCUGGACUAUAGGCAAGUACGUGUGCCAAAUCGUAUUAGCAUAUCGGCUAUCUGUCAAGAGACGAAGGGACCGGGUUUAGCCCUGAAGGACGAUCCUCGACGAUUUUGUGUUUGGGUUAUUAAUUCGGCUUUGAAUUGGUUAUUCUAUUUUGUUUGGUUGGUAUCUAAAGAUGUGUGAUUUAUUUUGGAAUAUUUAUGGAUAAGGGUUAGCUUUGUUGGUGUUCCUCUUGACAUUUUGAUUUUGAAACACAUGCACCCCUUUUUUUUAAUAUGCUUUUGUUUUCAGUACAUUAUUCGGUUUUUCUGAUUUACUGUCGUUUGUUGCGGUCUUCUGCCUCUAGUGUACAGAAAUGAUGAUUUGAAAAGAAACAAAUGGUUUGCCUUGUGUACAUACAUUGAGCUGCAGCUUUUGGAGCAUUCACUAGGAGCCUGAAGUAAUUUUGUCGAUAUGUUUUUUGAACACAAGCCCUGCUGUAUCUCUUGGUACUACUAUAUUCAGUGAUAAUUUUCUUGAUGGACAUGGUUGCAUUUAAACAUGCAAGCUCAAUCGCUGCAACAUUUUUUCCCUUCUGUUUAAAGAACUGUCUGCUAUGCUAGAAUAGAGCGAAAGCAAUAUUCAUAGUUUUGUUUUAUCCGUUUUUUUUCCCGCAGCAGUCUAACUUGUCCUGCAGUGUCAUCUAAAGAGCAACUCAUCCUAAUGUUUACACAUAAAAUAACGCAUAACAAAAGUAUAUGCAAUGCUGCAUCCAUAAAAUGU